GGGGCCAGGUCUGGACAGAACUAAACACGUUAGAGCUGUCGGACUGCUGCGUUAGAGCUUCAAACCUCGGCGAAUUUUUGCAGCGAACAGAAGCCAGGGAAGGCGUCGGGGAGCGGGGUAGGCGGAAUUCCAUAGGAAAGCGGCUAUUUCGCUGGAGCAAUCUCAGCCGAGCUGGUGGCGUCUGCUGCGCGCGCAUGCGCAAGUCGGGAGCGCAGGGGCGGCCGCACUGCUUGUGGGAUUACCGGUGUGCCAGGACCGAGGACCUCCGCCGGCCACUGCCCGGGUUCGCAGAGGGAGGCCGGGAGGAGGGAGCCGACCGUGUGCAGGAAUCACUGCCUGUGUCAGGCGCCAGAUCAUCUUCCAGGAAUGGUUGGACCGAGGCCUGACCUAGAGAGGUUUUUGAAAUGCUAGUCCAGAGCUAUGUGACAUUGGGUGUGAUCAGCGUUGGAAAAGAUGCCAGCAGCACCUGCCACAUAUGAAAGAGUAGUUUACAAAAAUCCCUCUGAGCACCACUACAUGAAAGUCUGCCUAGAAUUUCAAGAUCAUGGAGGUGGACUGAAUGCUGCACAGUUCAAACAGCUGCUUGUUUCUGCCCUGAAGGACCUGUUUGGGGAGGUUGGUGCUGCCUUACCCGUGGAUGUCCUGACCUAUGAGGAGAAGACAUUAUCAGCUAUCUUGAGAAUAGCUAGCAGUGGUUUGGCCAAAUUGUGGAGCUCUUUGACCCUGUUAGGAUCCUAUAAAGGCAAGAAAUGUGCUUUUAGAGUGAUUCAGGUAUCUCCAUUUCUCCUUGCAUUAUCUGGUAACAGUAGGGAACUAGUACUGGAUUGAAGAGUCUUAUCAGAAACUUGUCUCAAUUCCCAAAAGUAUAUUUUGGUGUCUGUGUAGUCUGGAAACAGAAACAGGAUAAAAGCUACUGUUGAUGAAAUUUGAGGAUACUGAAGAUGCUUCCAGUGAUACCCAGCCAUUACCUUUGGUGGAGCAGGCUUCAGAGGAAGCUCUUCCUGAAUCAACUGGUGAAGACCACCCAGUGCUUUCAGCAUGUGCAUGUGAGAGUUGGAGACCGGGCUGAGCUCAGCAGGGCCUUCACACAGAAGGAUGUGGAUACCUUUGCAGAAUUAACAGGAGAUAGCAAUCCUUUGCAUUUAAGUGAAAAUUUUGCAAAACACACCAAGUUUGGAAAGACAAUUGUACAUGGAGUUUUGGUCAAUGGACUUAUCUCAGCUCUCCUGGGUACUAAGAUGCCAGGGCCAGGAUGUAUAUUUCUUUCUCAGGAAAUUAACUUUCCAGCCCCUUUAUAUGUUGGAGAAGUUGUUUUAGCUUCUGCAGAAGUGAAAAGGCUGAAGCGGUUUGUUGCUUUUAUUGCAGUGUCAUGUUCUGUAAUAGAAAGUAAAAAGAUUGUUAUGGAAGGCUGGGUUAAAGUUAUGGUCCCAGAAGCUCCCAGAUCCUGAAGUAUGGGUUUAGAGUUGCAAGUUCAAACACCAGUGCAUCUGGUACUCUUCACCAAAAAAUGGGUGAUAGACCCAGAAGCCAUGUUGGGGAAGGAAGCAGGUGGAGGAUGUUCCAAUGUCUGCUUUCCAGUUUGAUCUUCUGCUUCACCCCUAUUUGAGUAUAUGCAGAAUUCAUCAUCUGCCUAGGUUUUUUAAAUUGAAAACAUUGAGAAGGUUAUUUAUCUGAACGUUCUACUUUUAGGACGUUAAAUCUACUUAUACUUGCAUUUUAUAACACCUACCUAUAUCUGUGUUGAAUAAGUUUCUCAUUGAAUUUAUAACUAUCAAACAUUUAAUAAUCGAAGGUAAUGAUAGAAGUUGGGCCAUCUUUGAACGUCUAACCUUUACCAGUAAAUACUCUUAUACCCUUUUGUUGGCUAUUUCUGGGUCAGAGUUUAUUGUGAUUUCCUUGUGUUUAUACCAACAUGGCAUCUUGCUCAACCAUCUGUGGAAUUUGUCUUUCAGGUGUUUUUUCUGUUAUUGAAGAAGGGCUAUGUGCAGACUUGGACUCAGUUAUGUAAACUUUGUCUCAUCUAUAAGAUGGUGAUAACAUGUUCUGUGCAGGAUUGUUGUUGGAAAUGACAAUAAAUACACAGAGUUAAGUAUAUAGUAGCCGCUGUCAUCCCUUCCCUGCUGUGAGUGAAGUUAGGCGUUUUCCUGAGUUUAAACCUGACUGGCCUAAAGUUAAGCAGGUUAACAGAUCAGACUUUU